AUGACGACGUCGUCUGGUUCCGUCAACAACGCCAUGCCCUCAGGCCUCCAAGAAGUGCUUCUCAACCGAAAGCGCACGGAAGAAGAAGAAGAACCCAACAACAAUGCCCAAUCCUCACAACCUUCUUCACCCGCCGGUGACGCCGUCGCCGGUGACAGCUCCACCUCCAAACCCGUCGUGUUGGUCACCAACAGCGACGGCAUCGAGUCCCCGGGUCUAACAUUCCUCGUCCAAGCUCUCGUGCGCCUCGGCCUCUACGCUGUCCAUGUCUGCGUUCCCCAAUCGGACAAAUCUGUUUCGGGGCACUCUCUCACUGUCGGAGAAACCGUGGAAGCCUCUCCUGCCCAGAUUGACGGUGCCACCUCUUUUGAAGUUUCAGGAACUCCGGCUGAUUGUAUUUCACUAGCGUUAUCUGGGGCCUUGUUUUCAUGGUCAAAGCCAAUGCUGGUUAUCAGCGGAAUUAACCGGGGAUCAAGCUGUGGUCAUCUCAUGUUCUACUCAGGUGUUGUCGCUGGGGCAAGAGAAGCAUUGUUAUGUGGUGUACCUUCUUUGUCAAUAUCAUUAAAUUGGAAGAAGGAUGAAAGUCAAGAGACUGAUUUCAUGGAUGCAGUAGAACUCUGUUUACCUUUAAUAAAUGCAGCUAUCAGGGACGUUGUACAGGGAACUUUCCCCAAAAGCUGCUUUCUGAAUAUAGAAAUUCCUACAUCGCCUUUGAGCAGCAAGGGCUUCAAGUUGACCAAGCAGAGUAUGUGGAGAUCCACUCCAAACUGGCAGGCAGUUUCAACUAGCCGCUAUCCUCCUGGUCAUUUCUUGGCCAGUAAACAAGGCUUUGGUCUUCAGUUUGCACAGAUUGGCCGUGAUGCCUCUGCUGCUAAUCGUUCACAUCUUGGUGUACUACAGGGUGCAGCACGGAGACUAACAACUCAGAAAAAGAAUUUGGAGAUUGUUGAAUCAAUUGGAGCUGCAGGAAAACCUGAUUCCAACAGGGUGAAAAAGUACUUCAGACUAGAGAAAAUUGGGAAUUAUACAGAAAAUGUACAGAACAGAGCUGGUCACAGUGGCAAAAAUGCAGGAAAUGUAGUAAAAGAAAAUUUUUUGGAUAAACAGCAGGAAGAUGUAGAUGAUGAUCUGGAUUACAGAGCACUUGAAAGUGGAUACGUUGCAGUUACUCCUCUAUCUCUGUCUCCUCAUAUUGAGACGGAUAUUCAAAAGGCAGCACGUGAUUGGAUUUCAUCUGUGCUUCCUUGUGAACAAUAG